UCUAGCACUCAUCGCGACCAUUUCUGCUGAAAGCGAAAUCCAAGCCGCUAUCGUGGGGGCCAGUGUUGCGGGUAUCGCUAUCGUUUGGAUCAUCUGGGGAGUUUUCUUCAUCCUGACGGUGUACGGCUGCCUUGUGGUGAUUUCGCACUACCAGAACCUCCGUGACGCGGCAAUGGGACAGGGCCAGCAGCAGAUGGUGGUGAUUGGGAACCAACCCGGCAUGGCAGGCAACCAGUCUUACAUGGUGGGCAACCAAACCGGCAUGGCAGGCAACCAGCCCUAUAUGGUGGGUAACCAACCCUAUAUGGUGGGCAACCAACCCACCAUGACGGACAACCAGCCUUACGGCAGCCAACCGGUCAUGGAGAACAAGCAACCCGCUAUGAUGGGUCCCCAACCGGGUUUGGGCCAAGAAUCCCACGACGUAAAGCUGUAGAGCGAUGGAGGAACUGCAUCACUGAGACAACACGAAGAUCCACUGCUAUUUCAUUAGUGCAGCAAUGCUUUUACCUAGCACUUUUUCUAAUAGUAAUAUAAUGUAAUGUAUUGUAUUGAUACGUAAAGCAAAUGGGUAGAAGAACAUAUUACAUGAAUGUAUUGAUCCUACAAAUGCAAGUUAAUUGUACUAUGCGUAGUUUUGUAUGGGCGAUUAAACUAGAGAAAAAAGGAAAGUGUUCUGGCAGAUAUAGAUCUAAUCGAUUCACGGUGUGUUGAAAUGUGGUUACGUAUUCUGCUUCUUAGGCAAAUUCUAUGAACCGUCUGCAAAAUGAACGAUAUUUUAGUUUUUUAUGUGCCUUUUUCGACGUUCAGGUAAGGCCACAGCAAGUAAUUUUCAUGGGAGACAUCAGCACGCGCAUUGUUUUGUCUGAUUUUGGAAAAACAACACAAGAAAUUCUAUGACACUCUGUCAGUAGUCAAUGUGCCAAAAUGGGCAAAAAUUUCUGUUGCCAUGCUGGCACUUGGAUAGCAAAUAGACUUCAAGACGGAAGACACGACAGGGCUCUGAUUUAUUGAUUAAAAACUUAAAU